AUGGUUUGGAAGGAAACCUGCAAAUUUGGAAUUCAUACCGGUCGAACGCUAAGAAAACCUUGGGAGACAGUUUCUUCAGGCGAUCGUGGGUUUCUGACAAAAACCGUCGCCAACACAAACAUUAAUUUCACUGAUAAAGACAUCAAUAGAUAUCUGAAGAAGUUCCACGUCCAGGACGGCCUAGAUGAUGAAGAAGUGGCGAAACAAAGCCGUAAUCAUCGACGCUGGGGUUUUGGACGAGGGUUUUCCGACGACUCGGUGUUGUAUGCCAUUGGCAAGCGAAAGAGGUGGCUCCUGCCGGGGAUUUUAACAAAGGAAAUCUCCGAGGAUUAUGACAGUGAAAAUGAUUACAAGGCAGUGCUUGUGGAAAGGCUGUCAGUAAAUAGUUCUUUGUACGGUCCUUCUCCUCUACUGAGACGUGGCGAUUGCAAAGCUGUGGUGGACGGUGAAGAGUUUCGGAAACCGAAACGACGAAAGUUCGCGCACGUCGGCGAUUUACGGAAAGAAACUAAUAAAACCGAAAUCGUUUACGAAGUGAAUCAUACCGAACCGUCGUUAAUCUGGCCAAGCUUCAUACAGCACAAUGGCAAAUGGAGAGAAAGUCGACCUGGAAAGGCACAGUGUAAAACAAAAGGAAAAAAGAACAAGAGGCGCACGUGGGGAGGGUACAAGAAAUUUGAGCUGAAGAGACAAGAAUGUGACUAUCAAGAAAGGAAAAUGUUUGAUUGCAAUGUUGAUAAAGACAUGAGAGAAGAAAAGUGGUCAGAGAGCCAUGAGCAGAGUUCAAAAGUUCAUGAACAUAACCUAAACUUUGACAUUGAAAGUUACAUCACUAAGUCACCAACAGUUACAAGUAAUUGCCGCAAGAAUGUCAAGAAGCACAUGAGGAUUACUUCCAAUAAAAAUGAAAAGAUUUCAAAAGUGAACCCAGCUUCGUCACAUGCAGUCAUUCUGCAUGGGAAAGGAUCAGUAAUAUAUGUUGACCCACCAACCCCACAGCAUGGUUACCAUGACAACAGUAAUAUAGCAGAUUUUGACUCUGACAGUACUGGCUUGACAGCUCCCUUAACGGUUGAAAGAAUUGUUCCUAGUAAGGCAGUUUCCAUAAGUGUGGACAUUGACAGUGAAACACUUGAACCUCUGAAAAUGCAUGAACAGUUUGGAGAUACAUACCAGGAGGGUUCCUCUUUACCUCGGCGAUUCAGCAUUUGCCCCACAAAUCAACCCUCCAAGUUUGUCGUCACCUGCCAGCCUCACAAUGCUGAUGACAUAGGGUUUGCCACUGAAAAAGUCACUGUGACAGUUGUAAGUGAUGAACUGCCUUCCAAACAAUCACAGGAUUGCGAAGAGUUUUUGCGCAGUUGUUUUGGCAUUUCUUUGCAAGCGAGUGUAACUGGAGAGAAAUCAAGAAGCUAUGAGAUCAACACUGCUGAUCACAACCCAGGUUCUAAAACUAGAGUAGCUUUGAUGUCAUUUGAUUUACUGUGUGACAUCAACAAAUGGUCGUACAAAGUUUCUUCACCCAGCUUAGCAGUUGCUAAUAAUCUCCUCAGUAACCAUGGCAACCUUCAAACCAGUGACGCUAUGACCAGUGAAGACAACAACGCUAUCAUUCCUGAUGCUGUUCUGUGUGAAAUCUGUUGCUCUGAGUUUUAUCAUGACCCUUCUGAUGGUAAGUUUUUUUUUCUUCUUUUGGUCAUCUCUUUAAUAUUAUAACUGCAAGCAUCAGGAUUAUAUAGAGGCAGAAGGUGACGGGUAGAAGAUAAGAUAAACCUUCAGUUGUUAGAUACUGGUAUUUUGGCAUCGCUUUUUACAAUACACUGAACAUAUAUUUUUGAAAGUUCUUUUCUUCUAAUAGAUACCAUUGCUGUUGUAAACAAAACCACCUAGGGAACUUACAGUUCUCCAGAUUAACUAAACUGACUUUUAAGAUACUUGUAGAUCUCAGAGAUUAGGGGCAUUUCAAUAACUUUUUUUUUCUAAAGGAGUUCUUUAUGAGAAACAGUUCAACAGAAUUUCUCAGGUUAAACUUCAUUUGGGUAACUUUUUUUUUUCCAAGAUGCGUACGUAAUAAUAAUAUUAAUACUGAUAAUAAUUUAUGGUUGUAGUGUUUCUCAAGUACACUGUAUGGACCUUUCCCAGAUUCCACACUAGCAGGCACUCACAACUUUAGUGGCAGGAGUAUUAGAUGCAAAAACAGUCCAUUCAACUCAGGCUCUUUGUUAGCGUCACAUUUCUUAUGGCAAUGUCUUCUUUUUAAUCCUAUCUUAUGCUUCCUUUUUUGCCCUUAGAAACUGUACCUUCCAGCUUUUCUUGUACUGCCUUGAAGUCCUGUGAACACUGGUUUUGUAAUGAGUGUUGGAAGUCCUAUCUGUCUGCUGAAAUAAACCAAGGAAAAACAAACUUCAAAUGUCCAAGCUCUGACUGUGACACUUCAGUUGAUGACAUCACCAUAAUGGCACUCCUACCAGAAAGAUUUCUGCGGUUUUCAACAAUGAGGCAAGAGAAAUAUGUGGAGACCAGUACCUCUUGGAAGUGGUGCCCAGGAGACAAGUGUAGGUUGGCUGUCAUGGCAACACAAGUCACCAAAAACCAAGAUGGAAUUGUUCUAAUGCCAGUAAGCUGCCAUUGUGGUCAAAGCUGGUGUUUUGGAUGUCAGUCGGAGCCUCACUGGCCAGCUUCAUGCGCGGAGGCAGCACUUUUCCACUCUAAGACAGAAACCUAUGCAAAGUUGGUCAGAAAUAAUACUGGUGGAAUUACUUCAGUUAGUGUUAAAAAAUGCCCUCACUGUAGCUACCCCAUUGAAAAGAACCAUGGAUGCCCUCAUAUGUCUUGUAUCAUGUGCACAGGGGAGUUCUGUUGGACAUGCCUUGGGCACUGGGACAAACACGGAUGGGGUGGUGACUGCAGCAAGCAACUGAAGGAAGAAGAAGAGGUGGAGCUGAUAGACGAUGUGGGGUCGACGAGGUUUAAUUAUCACUCUCGAGUUGCCAUAGCUCAUCGAAUCAAAAGAGCUGCUCCUGUGUUGUACACAAAGUAUCGUAUGGUUAAGAAACUACAAGAAUCACUGGACAGAGAACACCUCGAAAGCACACUCAAGUCUGUCACAUCAGCUACCAGUUUGUUUUUGAGCUUGUACAGUGCUCAUGAUGUACCAAAGUACCUGAAAGCUUCAGCAGACUUGAAGUUUCAAGUUCACCUGGUCAUUGAGGGUGUGUCAAUCUUAAUGGCAGUUUCAAAAACAAAAAGUUAUCAUGGUAGCUUAAGACGGCGCAUCUCAACACUGUUGUUCAUUGUGGAUAGACUAGAAGUCAUGGCAAAUGGCAGGCACUUUUGCACAGACAUUGAUAAGAUACGGUUUCAGCGACUGUUUGACGCUGGAAAACACUGCAUUGACUGUAUUAGAAAAUUGUGCAUCAAAAUAUAUCGUAACUAAAGUAAAUUUCUCCAUGUGGUCAAUAAUGACCAUAAAACAAUAAGCAUUAAUCUGCUAGCCAGAGGAACUAUAUUUUGUUAUUAAUAUUGCAGUAAUGGUUCUACUGCAUUGCAGUUAUCGUUAAAAAAGUUUAUAUACUUGGACU